AAAUGCCCUGUGCACUCCGGCUGGAUCUGUGAGAAUCAUCAGUGCUCGUACGAGUAGGAAAAGUCAACAGCGAUCGUCACCGGGUUUAUAUAACUUGCGGUCAGUUGGACCGAAACGUUACAUUACAGAGGUGUUAUUUCCGUGAGCAGUCCAGAGACACCUACCCAACUUUAUCCACAGAUCCAAGUACAGUAUUAAAGGGUCCAGCGAGAUGGUAGAGCAGUCGGACCGAGCUCCGCUGCUCGACUGGGAAGAAACCCCAGCGGCCGAACUGGGUCCUGCAGCUCCGCAGGACAAGGUUCCGGAACCGAGCCCUGCCAGCUGCAGGGCGCUGGGCAGCACGGCGCCGGGCACGGGGUGGAGUACGAGCCCAGGCGGUCCGGCAGCCGGAGCAGCAGCUGUUAGAGGAGAAGCGGACAGCGAGGUAGGAGCGGUACACAGGGGGCCGUGCUGGGAUGCGCUGAGCCCAGUCAGAGAGAGUCCCACAUACCCCGACUGGGAGUCCGGAAUCGCCGUGAAGAAUCAAAGGGCUCCCAACUGGGAGGAAAAAGACCAAAUCGUGGCAGUUUUCGUGGUGACUUUUGAUACCAGAUCGGGCAAUAUCGUGGAAUGGUGUUUGCCUCGGGAUAUAAAUCUUGACGGUGUGGAGUUCAAAUCUAUGGCCAGUGGGUCACAUAGAGUUGCCUCAGACUUCAUAUAUUUCCGUAAAGGCAGCUACUUUGGUCUGGCAUGCUUUGCCAACAUGCCGGUGGAGAGUGAGCUGGAGAGGGGUGCCCGAAUGAAGUCUGUGGGGAUUCUGUCACCAUCCUAUACCCUGCUGUACAGAUACAUGCAUUUUCUGGAGAACCAAGUCAGGCAUCAGCUAGAGGUACCAGGACACUACUCUCAGUUAGAGGCCUUUUACGAAGACAAGAAAGGGGUUCUACCAAUGGGAAACGGAGCAACUACCUCACUCCAACCAGGGCCCUGGGUACCCACUGUCAACAGGUGCAUGCACCCCGAAAUGAAGAUUACUCACCCGGCAGGCUGCAUGUCCCAGUUCAUCAAAUUUUUUGGGGAACAGAUCAUGAUCCUGUGGAAGUUUGCAUUACUACGGAAACGGAUCCUCAUCUUCUCUCCGCCCCCUGUGGGAGUGGUCUGUUACAGAGUGUACUGCUGCUGCUGCUUGGCCAAUGUCUCUCUCCCUGGAGUGGGCCUGUCUGUGCCAGAGUUCCGCCCUUUCUUCUACAUUAACGUCGCCGAUAUCGAAGCCCUGGAGACGGAACUGUCAUAUGUAGCUUGUACGACAGAAAAGAUUUUCGAGGAGAAGAAGGAUCUGUAUGAUGUAUACGUGGACAAUCAGAAUGUAAAAACACACAAUGAGAACCUGCAGCCACUUCUGAGGAUCAACAGCGCAGACAGGGAUAAAUACCGCAAACUCAGUGAGCAGAGACAGAUGCUGCUGUACUCCCUGGAGGUGGAUGGGGAUUGUUCUUCCAGUGAAGAAGACCUCUUUAUCCUGUUUUUCAUGGAGCUGAACAACCGGAUCUUCCAGACACUUUGGGAGGUAUCCGGCAGUCAGGACAAGACUCUGACGGAGGAGCACGUGCGGGGCAUGGGGCUGGACCCCCAGGGGGACCGCAGCUUCCUCAUCGACCUGCUGGAGGUGUAUGGCAUCGAUGUCAUGCUGGUCAUCGACAACCCCUGCUGUCCCUGAACCUGCAGAGCUUUUUUCUCUUAACUGGAGCCUGCCAGAACUACGUGGGGGGUGUUGGGAAGCAUGUGUCUCCUUUAACCACUUGGACACCUUUGGUUAGGAUUUUUUUCUGGGGGCACGUUCCAAGUUUUGCAUUUCACAGAAGACUGCUGCUGUUCGAAGGGGGUUUUCAGAUCUUCCCUACGUGAGGAGUGAGCACUACACAGUGUCUUAAAUUAUGUUCACUUAAGGUUUUUUUAUUCUGUUCUUUUUGCUCCCCAGCUAAAGAGAUACAGAGGUCAUCAUGGGUAAUUGUUGACAGCUGGAGAAAGAGCCCAGAUGUUUUUAUUUUUUCUAAUUCUUUAAUUUUUUAACUGUUUGAACACAGUAACACUAAAAGUGUAGUAGAAUCACUUUGCUAUACCUGUAUAUAAUGUGUAGAAAAAAAAGUUGACUGUUUAAUAUUCAGAGAUGGCAAAAUCCUUUUCUGAUCUACCCUGGUAAGUGUGUAAUUUCUGAGCCAAAAACCAUUUGCGUUCCGGGCAAGUGAGAGAAAAGCUGUCAAGUAUGGUAGAUAAUAAUCUGAAGGUUAUAAAGUAUUUGUCAACAGAUGUACUUAGAAACUGAAGAGUAUGUGAAUAAAUGAGCAGUGAAAAUGCAGACCUGUCCACAAGGUAAUUCCCUAAAAUGUUACCAUGGUAACAGCAGAGUAAAGUCGCAGAGCGCAGAGGAAUGGUGAACUGUGUUAUCAACUGUUUGAAACCAUAGUAUAUCCCAGAAAAACCACUUUGUAUAAACUUGUAAAAUGUACUUAAAGACUGCAGUUACCUUACAAAUUAAUCGUGGUGGAGUGCAGUAAGCGCUUGCUAAAAAUAUUUUCUCAGUCUUAAAGUGGUGAUGAGAAAUAAUACAGAUGAUAUUUGUGGAGCUUUGCAGGAUACCCCUUGUUGGUGAACAAAACCAACCUACUCAUUUACUGUGACUUUCAGAAUGCCUUCAAACUGUGGGAGUUUAAUUUACUUCAUUCCUUAAGUGAACAUACAAGUUUCAGAGUUCAUCUCUGCCAGUGUUUUAAGAUAUAUUGAGAUGUAUUUUUGCUUCUAAAACUGCAAGCUGUUCACUGAUGAAGCCUUUCUCCACGUGUCAGUGGGACAGAGUAUUUAUUGAAUUUUUUAAAGAGUAUUUAUUGAUUGGCAUAAUUUAAAAAAUAAUUGGACUGUGAAAUGAAAGCCUCUUGCUGAUAAGUGAAAUAUUGGUGUUAACAUUUUUCUUGUGUUUCAGUAAUGGUUAUAUAUUGUUUUAUGUUUUUGCACUGUGCCUGAUGUUUUCUGUUCUUGUACAUCUUAUCUACGUGCUUUUUAGUGAAAAAAAUAGCAUUGAGGCAGGCCGCUAUACUGUACAUUGAUAUUUUUUUCAAAAUUCAAUAUCAUCACAGUAGAGAAUGUUCUCUGCAGUUAAUCAGCAGUCACUCAAGUGAUUUCCACUUAGUAAUUAAAAAAGAAAUCAAUUUAAGAGACGUGGAAUGAAAACCAGCAGCCACUGAGGUGUCAUGAUCCAGAUUAAAAUAAAGAGAUGUGAAGGCCACCAGUUCAGCUAUUUUUUUUUAAUCCUGAGCUUCUGCCAAAUCAAAACGUUUAAUAAGAAACCCUUCAGCAAAAGCCAGUUUGUAAAGCCUUUGGGUCUCUUGACUGUAGAGAGUGUGCUCUGCAUCGCCAGUCUCCUGUUAUUUGCAAAUUAAGACCAUUUUCAUUUGUCUCACAAUGUUCUCUUCCUAAAAUGUCACUCCUUGAAGAGCAGAGUGUUAAGGGUCUUAUAAUAAACAAGACAGAUUGUUAGUGCUUAAGAAUUUUUUUAAUUUGUUUUAAUUAGGAUAAUGGUGACAGUACAAAAAUAGGAAAUGAACUGUAGUUGAUAUGAAUGUCUUUUGAUUUUAGCCAUUUUCUGUCUUGGUGUUUUUCAUUUCAACUGUAUUUGAUUCUACUCCACUUAAGAGGGAAUAAACUUAAUCUAUUUCCCUUUCAGCUGUAGAGAAUGGUACUGUACUAAUACUUUAAUUCUUUACUCUGAUUACAGAGUUGGUCACUUUUUAUCUGCACCAGUAUGAAUGGUGUAUAGUGUUGAGAGAAGGUUUGUAAACCCUUAAGUAUUUUUUACGUUUGAAACAUAAAAUGAUAUUAAAUCUUAAUCCGACUCUUAGUAAUAGUCACUCGAUAAAACAAAUGACUCAGAAUAUAGCACUCUUUCAACAUUUAUGCUCAAGUGAUGCAUCAUUAUAUAUGUGUUCUAAUAGAUUCCUCUUGAAUACGGGAUAUGCUGCAUAUCCUGUCAAUAAAUGACAAAUUAAUAACAAUAUGCAUCUGAGACAAAGUUUGAGAACCUUCUUUAACUAAUGGCAGUGAGUUUUGAGAAUUUUUACCCAUUCCUCCUGACGGAACUUCAACUCUGUGCCAUUUGAAGGCUGCCUUGCAUGUACAGCUCAGUUUAGGUCCUGCCACAGUAUUUCAGUGGGCCUUAGGUCCGGACAUUGACUGCUAGGCCAUUGUAAAAUGCAAAAUGUCUCCUUCUGCAGCCAUUCUUUCGUAGAUCUGCUUUAAUUUUACGGAUCAUUGGCUUGCUGUAAACCCACUUUUGGUUCAGAUGCAGGUCAUGGACAGAUGGCCAGACAUUCUUCCCUGGAAUCCACUGAUACAAUGCAGAGUUCGUGGUUGUGUCAAUGAUGGCAAGUCAUCCAGGUCCUCAGGCAGAAAAGCAGCCCCAGACCAUCACAUUCCUACUACCAUGCUUGAUGGGUGGGAUGAGGUUAAUCUGUUCCAAUGUAGUGUUUGGAUUUCUCCAUUGGUUUCUCAUCGAGGGCAGAGUUCUAACUUUGACCUGUCUGGCCAGAGAGAGCCUUGUGGAUCAUCUGUAUGCUCUUUGCCAAACUUCAGAUGGGCAGCCCUUUUCUAUUUGGAGAGCAGCGAUUUUCUUCUUGCCAUCCUUCCUUAAACACCAUUUUUGUUCAGUCAUUUUCUGAUAGCCGAGUCAUGAACAGUCACAUUAGCUUAGGCAAAAGUGGCCUGCAAUUCCUUGGAUAUUUUGGGGUUCUUUGUCACUUGAUUAAUUUUCUGGCUUGUUCCUGGGACAAAGUCUGGAAGGAUGAGUGCUCCUGGGAGAGACUGUGAUCUUGAACUAUUUAUCAUUUGUAGA